AUGAAAAUUGAAAAAUAUUCAGAAUAUAUAAUUGAAAUUUCUGCUGAAUUAUAUGAUCCAACUUCUUAUAGAUACGUUGGUAAUAUUGCUCGUCAUGACGAACCCAAUAAUUUAUUAAUUGCAAAAUCACCAAAGAACUUCAAGUUAAAUCAUGAAACUUUUAAUAAUCUUUCUAGAGAUAAAGCUGAAAAGAAACUAGCACGUGUUUUCAAAAAGUUUCCUAAGCCAGUGAGGGAAUUAUCAUUGAUUUAUAAAUCUAUUGAGAUAAACUGGCAAAAUGUUGAUGAAUGUAUGGAAUCAACAUGUAAAUGUCAAUUUUUUUUAAUGCCUGGGUAUGAUUUGAAAGAUUGUCUAAUUGAAAUCUUAUCAAACUUGAUUAAGAAUUUCCAAAGUGAUAUACCUGAUUUCUUAAACACUGAAUGUUUUGGUAAUGGGUUAGAAAUGGUUAGAGAGAACAAAUUAUUAAUGAUUAUUACCCAUGAAGAUGAAGAUGAUCAAUUACCCUUAAGAAUAAUAUUGGAAAGUUUGAUAUCAUAUGUUUUAUCAGAUGAAUAUGAAGAAGAGAUAAUUCCUGAACAAAGCUCAUAUGAUCAUGAAGUUAAAGCAUAUGAAUUUAAUUAUCAAGAUCAACUUAAACUUAUGGUAAUAUGGGGUGAAAAGGCUGAACAAGUAAUGUUGGAACAAUUGAACUAUAUGAUAUCAAAUGAUGUGUUAUCGGAACCUUCAAAUGCUAAUGUAAUUACAUUGAUUCCUAGUUAUUUAAAUUAUAAUGUCUCGAAUCAUAAUGAUGAGCUUCCACCAAGUUAUGGAUCAAGUGUUUUAAAAUGA